AUGAAUUCGCUUGCGAGCCAGUCAAGCUCUCAUAUGGCUGGUGACCUUUGUUAUGCUGCGGCUCAGACUUCUGCCCUUAUGGUUUUUGCCGCCAACCGGGUUUUUCGCGUUGGUGUGAAUGAAAAGCAGUUGAAAACUUUGCAGGGUGUCAUGGCAAGCAUAAGGGAGGAACUCCAUGAUUCAGAGGAUGAUCGUCGAGCCCUUUCUGAGCAGAAUUGUAUUGUGGCCUGUGUGCUAGCGAGUGAGUUGGCCAGGUGUCAACGUCAACUGGCUCAUUCUCGUGUUGAUCGUGUUGUCUCCCGAGGUGGUUUGCAAUCGAUGUUGGAGAAGGGGGUGGUUCACGUAAUUAAGAAAGUUAUCGAGAGUGCAGAACUUACCAGCGGGAUCCAAGGUGUUCGUGAGGCAUGCAAGGCCCUUGGGUUUGAAAAGGGGAAACAACUAAGUGAUUAUUCCACAAUUGCCGGUGAGCCUGAAGUCCCAGAUCAUGGAUGUGUCGUGAGAAGGGUUGAAGAAGUGGAUGAUGCUCUAUCAUCCCUUACUGAGAUGGAUUUCGUGGGCCUCUUUCGCUUGGGGAAGCUAGAUUGUGAUGGUUUCCGCUAG